AUGACAGAUGCUUCCAAUGGUGCGGCUGAUGUAACGUCCCUCGACCAGGAUUUGCAAGAACUCAGACGCAACAAAUUCUCGCCUCAGUCAAUCCAGGAGAUCAGUGAAUGGAUAUUCGGUACGCUGUUAGGGGAAAAGUUCAACACUCGAGACGCAGCUCAACUUUUAAGCAGGCUAAAGGACGGCACUGUCUUGUGCCAACUAGCAAAUAAACUUAUUGAGGCCGAUGGAUCUGACGUUUCGAAUCGUUUAAAAUAUAAAGCUUCAAAAAUGCCAUUUGUGCAGAUGGAGCAAAUCUCACAGUUCUUAUCAUUUGCGAGACUUUACGGGGUGCCUGAAGAUGAGCUCUUCCAAACCGUGGAUCUGUUUGAGGAGAAAGACCCUGCUUCUGUUUUUCAAACUCUCAUAUCAUUGUCCCGCUAUGCUAACAAAAGACACCCUCAAGAGUUCCCUGUCAUUGGACCACAAUUAGCGACCAAAAAACCCCGCCCUCUGAAGGCUGCGAAACCGACACAUCUGCAAGCAGCAAGAUGGAGCACCAUGGAAUAUGGGUCAAUGAAAGGCGCCUCGCAGUCCACGGAGGGUGUGGUUUUUGGCCAAAGAAGAGAUAUUACCAAAUGA